CGAGUCUACAAACAAAAUGUCCAAAACGCGCAAACGUGAGCUGAUGGAGAGAAGGGCAAAUGGUUAAAAGCAAUGUCGAGGUGCACAACAUUGUUUAAUUAAUGGAGGAAAAGUUUUGGGUUUACACAACAGAAUGUUACCCAUAGGAAGAUCCCUUAUCCGAAUAUGGUCUCUGAACUUUAAUCGACAGUUUUCUCCUCUUGUUGAUUGUCCAGUUAAAUGUCAAAGAUUGUCCACCACACUUGCUCUUACAGCUGACCAGAUUAACCAGUAUGGGAAAAGGAGAGAUAAACCAGCAAAUGAAAACCAUGUCCAAAGAGAUGUUAUAGAGCACCUUAAUGAGUUAAUCAAUGGACGGAUUAUCACCGUGGCAAGUAACGAGGAAUUACAAAGUCGUGUCACGUUAUUACAGAGUCUUGGACUUUCCAUCAAUGAUAUUGUGGAAAAUGCUUUCUUAGUUAAAUUGCCAGAGUGUGACAUUUUAAAACAUGCACAGAAAAUACGGGGCAAUAAUUUCAGUAAACAGCAAUUUUCAGAACUUUUUAACGAGGGUGGUUCCAGCAUUCCAGUAAAGUAUAAGCCAGUCUGUGAAGUUUUAGUUGAUGAACUAAAUAUAUCUAAUAAAGAUGUGACUGACUUGUGGAGCAAAUAUUCAUUUCUUAAAAAAAUUAAUUCACAGGAUCUUCGACAAAAAAUAGGCUACUUGAAAGAAAAAGGUUUAACCCCUGAAGAUAUUUUCAAAUAUUCCUCGGCUUUAAAAUUCUCCCUUGAUAAUUUACAGGAUAAGAUUCAUAAGAUAGAUUCUUUCAAAGAGGCUGGAUAUAUUGAAAAAGAUUUUAAUUUCGCUCCUUGGUUGUGUCAGGUAUCCAGGAAGGAAAGCAUUCAAAAGAAAACUCAUUGGAGUGUUCUGCCUGAACGUGCUGAUAUCUUGAGUGAAGCUUUACAAGUGACCAAGAAGGACUUGCAGUCAGUCACAUACUUCAAUCGGGUUUCUUUGGAUCUCAUUCUGAAGAAAUAUGAAUUGUUGAAAAGUUAUGGAAUCAGUGGAAUGGAUGUGAUAAAUCGUCCGAACAUUAUGUUAGUUUCUUAUGAUAAAAUAAAAGAAGCUGUGGAACAUGCAGCAGAGUUUGGUAUUGAAAAUCAAACCAUUGCCGAAAUUUAUAUCCGUUGUAACUUUAAAAAAAUUCCUAAACAAUCUUGUGGUGCUCGUCAAUAUGCCUACUUAGCUGAUAAACUUGGGAUGCCUUGUGAGAAACUCAGACGUUCCUUGGAUUCAAAGUGGAUGUCAGAAAGGCUUAAUAUGAAAAAUAAUGUUGAAUUUCUUCAAGCACAGGGGUUCUCUUUGAGAGACCUGCAAGCUUUUCCCAUAGUCUUAGGACACGAGCACGAGUAUUUGAAAAAUUUUGCAUCCUCUCUUCCUCAUCGACCCGAAUUACAUCCUUUUGAAAAAUAUGCAGAAGAUAAAAUAUUACUGCUGAAUUCUUUACAAUACUAUAUAGAACAGUCUGUGGGUUUCACUGGCAGAGCAAUAAUAGCUGAUAGUAAUGAUGCAGAAGAUGCAACCUUAGAAGAUAGAUUCGACAGCAAUAUUAAAGAAUACUUAGAUGACAUUUAUGAAGAAGAUGACGAUGAAGAUUACGGGAAUUACGGCCAUCUGGAAAACUCGGCAUUAGCGUUUUAGUGUUGUGUAUUGCAUUGGUUUUGAAUGAGGUUUCUUUCGUAAUAAGUGACAUUAACCAUUUCAGUACAAUUAAACCAGAUAAUACAACACCAAGUAGACGUAUUUAAAAACAAAAUUAACAUUAUUAUUCAGCACAGUACCAAAAUAGGGAGGGGUAUGGGUAAAUUAGUCAAGCCUCUUCAACAC